AUGACAGGCCUCCCGCUCGAGCUGCGGCUCAGGAUCUGGGAGGAGACGUGGCCGGCGGCACGCCUCAUCGAGGUCUCGCUGCCGCCCGGGGGCAUCAGCAGCACCGGGAGCAACAACGCCGCCGCCGCAGCUGCGCAGCCGCGGCGCAUCAAGCCGAGCCGGCAGGUUGGCGCCGAGAAGGUGACGGCGUGGGACUCGCGGGCGAAGCGGCUCGAGGACGUGUCGUGCCGUCCGUACGCGCACCCGGUGGCGCUGCAGGUGUGCCGCGAGGCGCGCGACCACACGCUGGGGACGUACCGGCGGCUGCAGCACGCGGCGGUGGCGGACUGCGCCUUCUACUUCGACCCGGCGCGGGACGUGGUGUGGCUGCACCGCGACCUGAGCCAGUUCGACACGGCGAGCCUGGGGUGCGUGGAGCGGGUGCUGUUCAAGGACGUGGAGCGGUUCGACGACAGCGGGGCCGACAAGAAGCAGCGGCGGCGCGAGCUGCUCGAGAUGGUCGAGUCCAUGGGCCGCGUCCGCGAGGUCAUGGUGCUCGUGCACUGGACCAGCAUCGCCGACCUCGACGGCGACGCCGGCAAGACCAGCGAGACGCUCUACGACUGGAUGCAGUACUACAUGCUCAUGCUCGACGAGAGCUGGGAGCUGCUGGACCACCAGCCCUGGGUCCUGCAGUUCCUCAGCACCUGGGACGAGUUCGGCGUGUGCUUCGAGGCCCGCGGCGAGGCGAAGCUCUGGGGCGACGCCAGGGAGGGCCCGCUGUAUGGCUGCCCGAGCCACGAUGUGGUCUAUCGAAAGCGCCUGGUUGAGCGCUUCCCCAAGAGAUUUGUCGACAUCCAAAGAAUAUGA